GCCGCGGACCUGCGCUGUGUGACUGCCGAGUCCUUUAAAUGUACUGUACGUGCAAAGAUGGCAGCUGAAGUCGACCUGCUGCGAGCGAAAGUAGCCGAAGAGAAGGUGAGGGACAGUCUCGAGCGACUCAUCAAAGAGAGGAAGAGGAAGAAGAAGAAGAGGGAGCUGUCACCGGACAGACGGGACAAGUAUGAAAAAGAAGCGAAGAAAGUGAAGCUCCAUCACCAUCAACACCAACACCAUGCUGAGCACCGGACCCACCAGCCGCACCAGCUGCACCAAACCCACAAACCCCUCAACUUCACCGCGGGUAAGCAUGUCCUGCACCACCACCACCACCACCAUCACCACAACAACAACAACAACAACCACAGUCUCACCAACGGAACGAAGAAGAGCCCGCAGCCGGCUCUGCCUCCCGCUCCUCCGCGGAAAGGACCGGAGCAGCAGCCGCAGAAGAAGCGAGCGCUGCCUCCCGAGCCGCUGCCAGCUGCGCUCUUCACUUUCACGCCUCUCAAAGUGGUCAAGGCCAAGCCCCGGGAUUUUAAAGAAAAACACCGUGACCAAGACCUGAAACUGAAGCUCAAGAAGGAAAACACCGAGGCCAACGUGAAACACGCCGAGCUGAAGAAAAAGAAGGAACCAAGGCCUCACAACGAGAACAUCAAGUCCCUGACACUGGAGGACUAUCUCCUGAAGAAGAAAAAGAAGAAGAAGAAGCAGCAGCAUCGCGAGGAUGAGCACAGAGGCAAGAAGGUCCGCUACGUGCACCACAAAGCAGUUCAGACUGUGUGUUCAGGGCUUGGAGCUGAAAUAUCUCCGUCGGAAACAGUGAAGUGUGAAAGGAAUCACCAGCCUAGCAGUGACACUACGGACAACUACCAACCCUGCCUCCAUGCUCUCAAACUGGGGCAAGUCCCCUUCCUCUCCCACCAAGACCAUUACAUCCGCAGCUCCUGCCUCCAGACGGGCACCUGGUAUGGACGCUUCAUGCAUGAGGAAAGACAGGCCAAUGGUGGGGGAUUAAUCCUCCAUGCCUAUGCUGAUGAGUUGGCCUGUCUCAGUCCGGCUGAGAUGGAGUGCUUUGCCCAGGAGUUUCUGGAGUUGACCUUUGCUGAGAACCCCCGAGGUGCAGGCUCUUAUGCCUUGGCAGUGGUCCACAAGGCAGCCGCCUACCUACCCGACUUCCUAGACUACUUUGCCUUCAACUUCCCCAACACACACGUCAAAAUGGAGAUAAUGGGAAAGAAAGACAUUGAGACGACAACUAUCUCCAACUUUCACUCUCAGGUGAGUCGGUCUUACUCUUCAGGAACAUACAGGGCCGGACCCAUGAGGCAAAUCAGCCUGGUGGGAGCUGUGGAUGAGGAGGUUGGAGACUAUUUCCCAGAAUUCCUGGACAUGUUGGAAGAAUCACCCUUUCUCAAGAUGACCCUACCGUGGGGAACCCUCUCCAGUCUGAAGCUGGACUGUCGCUCUCAGAGCGAUGAUGGGCCCAUCAUGUGGGUGCGACCGGGAGAACAAAUGGUACCGACUGCUGAUAUGCCCAAGUCCCCUUUCAAACGACGCAGGUCUAUGAACGAGAUAAAGAAUCUUCACUAUCUGCCAAGAGCCAGUGAACCUAGAGAAGUCCUGUUUGAGGACCGGACGAAGGCCCAUGCUGAUCAUGUCGGUCAGAGUUUUGACUGGCAGAGCACUGCUGCUGUAGGGGUACUGAAGGCAGUGCACUUCGGUGAAUGGAAUAACCGACCUCGGAUAACCAAAGAUGUUGUAUGUUUCCAAGCUGGUGACUUCAAUGAAGUUGUCCAGAGACUGCAGCUUGAUCUGUAUGAACCUCCCGUGUCUCAGUGUGUACAGUGGGUGGAUGAUGCCAAGCUCAACCAGCUCAGGAGGGAAGGCAUCCGCUAUGUCCGUGCACAGCUCUGUGACGACGACAUUUACUUCAUCCCGAGGAACGUCAUCCAUCAGUUCAAGACGGUGUCUGCGGUCUGUAGCCUGGCGUGGCACAUUCGUCUCAAACAGUACCAUCCAGAGAAGGUCAAAGUGGAGGGGGAGCAGCAGCAGCAGCCCAGUGAUCUUAGCCCCACCUCAGGCAGAGUCUCGUUUUCCUCCCCUGCCAGGCCCGACGCCACCGUUACCCCCUGUGCCAGACCACAGAGUGACAACAUCCAAGGUGGAGUGGCUAAGACUGAAGAACUUGAGUUCCAGAGGCCAGCAACACCUCCCCGAGAGCCUCAGCCAGCUCCCCCACAGCCCACCAAGUCCACUCACUUGUCCCAAACAUACCAGGAACCCCACUUUCCCUCGGCACCAGUCCACUCUGGUUGUACACCUUCUAAAGAACCUUCACUUCCUAAAGCUUUUGGCCACACUGCAAUGUUCCCGAAAUGAUCUUGUCCUUCUUACACGCCCCUUCUCUCUUUCUAUUGUGGGAGGAGCGUGAAUGAAUUUUAA